AUGGAUGCUUCCAACGUUGAAGCGGGUAUUACCACAUCAGAAGAAUUUAAGCUUGACGAAUUUUUGAAUGGUGUAACUUCUAAACUUGAUGAAGCUGGUCGGCGUUUGAAGCAUAUUGGUGUCAUUUGGAAAAACCUGGUUGUAAAGGGUGUUGGAGCCGAAGCCAAUACAAUUGCUACUGUUGCAAGUUUUCCGCUUUCAAUACUUGGAAUAUUAAAGAACAUGUUCAAUAAGACAAAGAUAUCAGAAAAAGUUAUUCUUCGUGAUCUUACCGGGUUCUGUAAAGAUAGUGAGAUGUUACUCAUUCUCGGUCGCCCCGGUUCUGGCUGCACAACCCUUCUGAAGAUUAUAUCAAAUAUGCGCAAAUCUUACACUGAUAUCGAAGGAGAAGUAUCCUAUGGAGGUAUUGACCCGAGGACAUUUGCUGAACAAUACCGUGGUCAAGUUUGUUACAACGAAGAAGAAGAUCAGCAUUACCCCACUCUUACCACCAAGCAGACCCUCCAAUUCGCACUGCGAACAAAGACUCCUAGAGCCAGACUUCCUAACGAAACUAAACGUGAAUUUGUGAACCAUCUUCUUUAUAUGCUCGGAAACAUGCUUGGUCUGACAAAACAGAUGAACACUAUGGUUGGUAACGCUUUUUUACGCGGACUUUCUGGAGGUGAACGCAAGCGCCUUUCGAUUGCUGAACAAAUGGCAGCAUCCAGUACAAUCAAUUGCUGGGAUUGCUCAACCCGUGGUCUAGAUGCAGCCUCUGCUCUGGAUUUCGUCCGAUCCCUUCGUGUUAUGACAGACGUCCUUCACAGAACAACAGUCGCGACUCUUUAUCAAGCAUCUAAUAGUAUAUACGAUCUUUUUGACAAGGUCAUCCUUCUUGAUGAUGGUUAUUGUCUCUAUUUUGGCCCCGUAGCUCAGGCCAAGCCAUACUUUGAAAACAUGGGCUUCUUUUGUCCUCUACGCAAAUCGACACCCGACUUCUUGACAGGUAUAUGCAAUCCACUGGAGAGAGAAUUUCAGCCAGGAUGCGAAAAUUCGGUCCCACAGUUCGCACACGAAUUCCAUGAGCGUUACCUGUCAUCAGAUAUUUAUCAAUAUAUGAUGAAUGAGCUGGAAGAGUACGACGCCUUGUUUAAAAAUGAUGGCCAAGCACAAGAAUUUAAGGAGGCAAUAAAUGAAGAGCACCAAAAGCGUGCUCCUAAAAAGAGCCCUUUUAUCGCAACAUUCAAUCAACAAGUCAUGGCACUUCUGAUCCGCCAAUAUCACUUACUCAUCAAGGACAAAGAAGCUCUUAUUUCUCGCUAUGGUACCAUUCUGAUCCAAUCUUUAAUCACAGCAUCUUGUUUCUUCAAACUACCGUUAACCGGUACUGGCGCAUUCUCUCGCGGUGGUGCUCUUUUCUUCUCUGUCAUAUUCAACGCAUUCGUUUCUCAGACUGAGCUUGUUCGGUUUUUGACAGGUCGCCCUGUUCUAGAGAAACACAAACAGUAUGCUCUCUACCGACCUUCUGCGUUUUACAUUGCCCAGAUGAUUAUGGAUAUUCCGUACGCACUUGCUCAAGUUGCUCUUUUCGCUGUAUGCUCUUAUUUUAUGAUGGGUCUUAACCUCACGGCCGGAAGGUUCUUCACUUACUUUAUCGUUUUGUUCUUUAUCAAUAUGGCCAUGAACGGCUUUUUCCGUUUCUUUGGCACCAUAACUACUAGUUUCUUCCUGGCCACUCAACUCUCUGGUGUAGUACUAGUUUCGGCGGUUACAUAUAUAGGAUACACAAUUCCGUACCCAAAAAUGCAUCCAUGGCUGUACUGGAUCUACUGGGCAAACCCAUUGGCCUAUGGAUAUAAGUCUCUUUUGAUUAACGAGAUGAAUGGUCAAAGGUACUCGUGUGAAGGUCCUGGAAAUGCUGUUCCAUAUGGUCCGGGUUAUGACAACUGGGAUUACAAGGUGUGUACUAUGACCGGUGGCGUUCCUGGCCAAAAUUAUGUCAAGGGUGAAUCCUACCUUCUUCAAGAACUGACAUAUCGACCCUGGGAAGCCUGGGCACCUGACUUUAUUGUAGUUGUAGCCUUCUUCCUACUCUUUACUGCUAUGUGUUGUCUUGCUAUGGAAUUUAUCGAUUCGGGUGGAGUUGGAAACACUACAAAAUACUACAAGCCUGGUAAAGCACCCAGGCCUCGUACUGAUGAAGAGGAAAACGAGCGUCGCAAGCGUCUUGCCAAGAUCACUGAUGAGAUGGAUGCGAUUUCAACUGGUACUACCUUUUCGUGGCAAGGCGUCAAUUAUACUGUCCCUAUAAAAGGUGGUAGCUUGCAGCUUCUUAAUAGUGUCAAUGGAAUUGUCAAGCCCGGUCACCUUACGGCUCUCAUGGGUUCUUCUGGUGCGGGCAAGACCACUCUUUUGGAUGUUUUAGCUCGUCGAAAAACUACAGGUGUGGUCGAGGGUAAUAUUUUUCUCAAUGGUGAAGCGCUUAUGAACGAUUUCGAGCGUAUUACUGGCUAUUGUGAACAGAUGGAUGUCCAUCAGCCUGCUGUCACUGUCCGUGAAGCUCUGCGUUUUUCUGCCUACCUUCGCCAAGAUGAAUCUGUCCCCAAAGCUGAAAAAGAUGAUUACGUUGAGAAGAUUAUUCAAUUGCUCGAAAUGGAAGACAUUUCGGAUGCCCAGAUUGGCAUGGUUGAACGUGGCUCUGGUAUUUCUGUAGAAGAGCGAAAGCGUCUUACGAUUGGUAUGGAACUAGUCGGAAAACCUCAACUUUUGUUUCUCGAUGAGCCUACAUCGGGUCUUGAUGCCCAAAGCUCCUACAACAUUGUUCGUUUCAUUCGCAAGCUUGCUGAUGCUGGGUGGCCUGUUCUCUGUACCAUUCAUCAGCCUUCUGCCAUUCUAUUUGGUCACUUUGACCAUCUCUUAUUACUCGUCCGUGGCGGAAGGACUGCCUAUUACGGCGAGAUUGGUCCUGACGCUCAUACUAUGAUCAAUUACUUUCAGUCUAAUGGUGGUCCUACUUGCCCGCCGGAAGCCAAUCCUGCCGAGUAUAUUCUCGAGGUUGUCGGUGCUGGUACUGCCGGAAAGGCUAAUCGCGACUGGGCUGAGGUUUGGGAUGGAUCUAAUGAAUCCAAGGCACUAGUGGCCGAGCUUGAGGAAAUCGAUAAAACUGCAGAUAAGAAUCCCACCCGAGAGGCUCGUACCUAUGCUGCUUCAGCGUGGACUCAGUUCAGACUGGUUCACAACAGAAUGGCUCUGGCAUAUUGGCGUUCGCCCGACUACAAUUUCGGUCGCUUCAUAAAUAUUAUCUUGACAGCCCUUAUUAACGGCUUUACGUUUUGGAAACUUGGAUCGUCUUCCUCGGAUAUGCAAAACAAGCUCUUUGCGUUGUUUAGUACCUUUAUUAUGGCCAUGACCAUUGUUAUUCUCUCUCAGCCCAAAUUUAUGACAGAACGACUCUUCUUCCGCCGUGAAUAUGCAUCUCGAUACUACAGCUGGUUUCCAUGGGGAAUAUCAAGUGUCUUGGUUGAAAUUCCUUAUGUGUUUGUGUUUUCAGCCUUCUUCACGUUUUCAUUCUACUGGACUUCGGGUAUGGUCAAUAUAGCCGAGGCUGGUGGAUACUUUUAUAUCAUAGUUAUUGCGAUUGUUAUAUGGGCUGUCACUCUUGGAUUUGUUAUUGCUGCCGCCUCUGAGCAGCAAACCAUGGCUGCUGUCCUCAAUCCUCUGAUUAUGUCUCUACUUAUUCUUUUCUGCGGACUAAUGCAACCUGAGUCUGCUAUGCCAACUUUUUGGAGAAGAUGGAUGUAUUGGAUCGAUCCAUUCCAUUAUUAUAUUGAAGGACUUGCUGUAAACGAACUUGAACAUUUAAAGGUUGUUUGUACAGAUAGGGAUCUUCUCAGAUUCUCACCUCCUCCGGGUAAAACUUGUGGCCAAUACAUGUCAAACUUUUUCGCCUAUGGAGGGCUUGGUUACAUCGACAAUCCAGAUGCAGCACAGCCUAAACAGUGUGGCUACUGUAAUUACAAUUCCGGAAAAGAAUACUAUACAAAGGUUUAUGGCUGGGAUGCAUCUCACAAGUGGCGUAAUUUUGGUAUUAUUAUUUGCUAUGUUGCCUUUAAUAUCCUAGUCUUCCUUGCGUUGGUAUAUUGGAAGAGAAAAGCCAAACGAUAA